CUGACUUAGGAAGCCCGGAGUGGAGCUGGUGCCCGCCCUGCAGCUCUCUCACUCCUCCUGAUGGACAGUGUGGGAACUGUCCUGCAGACUCCUGGAAACUGCUCAUUUCCGGGAACAGAAACUGAAAGCUGGCCUCACUGCCAUUGUGUCCCCUCCUGUGAGACCAGCGGGCAGCGCUCAGACACAGAUAUACCACAGCAGGGAGCCAGAGCCACGCAGGGGUCCAGGCCUGCAAGCAAAGCCCGGCUGGCAGCUCGGCCUGUCCUUGGCUGCUCUGCUUCCCUUCCUGAUGGUCGGCUUUUCCUAGGACCUCAGCCCUUCUCGCCUCAUGCCUCAUUUCUGAAUGUAUUUGGGUCUUUCCAGAAGGAAAGCCCUUUACUUGAAGGUUGUGACCUUCUCCCAGGAAGUGGAUGCCUUUCUGGAAAAGCCAGAGACACCCACUUACAUUCAGCUUUCUGAAGGGGCGCUGAUAACACUUUUCUAGUUGAGCUUGAAGAAGAUUAAAUGAGAGGAGGCACACAACGGACAGAGCCCAGACAAACGCACAGACACGAGACCUCCUUGCGGUUGUGUUAAGUAGGAGAGGGGCUAGAAGAAUUCCCUGAGGAACAACUUCCUCAGGUGUCUUCACAGGACCAGAGAGUCCUCAGCGCGGGAGCAGCGUGCCUGCAUGUCGCCUGUAGUGAAAACCCCCCCGCGAUCCCUGGGAGGUGGCCCCUCUGCUGGCCAACAUGGAAGAAGACCUGGUGUCCCAUCGCACGCCCCUGUCUGCCUCCUUCACAUCUGGAGUGUCCUAUCACAGAGGCGGAGGCGUCCCACUGGAGGUCAGCAGGGAUCUGGAGAAGGCCGUGAAGGAAGGGCAGCUGCUGGAAGUGGUCGCCAUAGCCAGGAAGGUGGUGGAGAUGGCAUCCAGGGCCACGGUGAGCCUUGCCGUGACGGGGGACUCCGGCAAUGGUAUGUCGUCCUUCGUCAACGCCCUGCGAGGGAUCGGACAUGAGGACGUGGCCUCGGCUCCCACCGGGGUGGUGAGGACCACCCUGACCCCGGCCAGGUACACCUCCCCCAGCUUCCCCGAGGUGUUCUUGUGGGACCUCCCGGGCAUGGGGGCUUCAGACCAGAGCCUCGAGCACUACCUGAGAGAGCUGCAGCACAGCCAGUACGACCUCUUCCUCCUCAUCGCGUCCGAGCAGUUCAGCCUGCACCAUGUGAGGCUGGCCAAGACCAUCCAGGGCAUGGGAAAGAGGUUCUACGUCAUCUGGACCAAGGUGGACAGGGACCUCAGCACGACCCCCCUCUCCCGGGGCCUCCUCCUGCGCAACAUCCAGGAGAAUAUCCUGGAGACUCUCCUGAAGGAAGGGGUGCACAAACCCCCCAUCUUCCUGGUAUCCAGCCUCGACCCCGAUUUGCAUGACUUCCCAGAUCUAAGGAAGGAGCUGAGGAUCGACAUCUUCAACAUCCGGUGCAGUGGGCCCUUGGAGGCCAUGUCCUGUGCGUGUAAGGAGACCAUUAACGAGAAAGUGGCCUCCCUGAAGACCAGAGUUCUGCAAAACUGUCCAGAGGACACCCUUGGCAGCUGUGGUGCCGAUGACCUGGAGCAUUAUCUGCGGGUCUACCGGGGGUGCUUUGGCAUAGACGACGACUCCCUCCUGCAGGUGGCCUGGAGCACCGGGAGGGUGGUGUCAGAGUACAGGACCCUCCUGAGGUCCCAGGAUCUGUGUGGUCUCCGCAGAGCAGACUGUAGACUGCGCCUGGCCACCUGCUCAGUGAUGAAGAUGCUGCUCCGCCUGCUCCGCUGGGUCCCGUGGCUCGGUCCCCGUGCUGUCCGCUGGUUUGCACAAGUGACACACAAGCGGAUGCUUCACUUGGUCGCCCAGGACACCAAGGGCAUCCUGAAGAAAAUCCUGGAGGACUCCACAUGUCCCGCCUGAACACAGCACGGGAGCAGAUGGCAACCUCCUUUGCCCUGUGGGAGUUAGCCCCCCAUCUUUUACCCACUGGAAGUCAAGAAAUGUAAAUGACUUUCUAUUCAUAAGGAAUAUAAGGCUAUGCAAAUUUUUGAAAGGAAUUUUUUUAAAAAUCGUUCGUUUUCAUAGUCUCAACUUUAAUGCCUUGUUCCUUUGAGGAAAACAGUUUUUAUUGAAAUCAACCGAGUUUCCUGAUUUCAGUAGUAAGAAAUUUUGCUUUCAGUGGUAGCUGCCAUGUGGCUGGUCACCAGCCUGUCGUUCCCCCUGUAAAUCACAGUAAAUUCUUCUCCCUUGAAA